UCCUCUCUUUGAUGGCGCGAAAGACGCAAGGUGAUUGUCUUUUUCAUUUGCGAUCAGUUUUCAACGUGUCGGAGUUUCUGCGGUCUGAGACUUGUCGUCGCCGUUAUCUGAGCGUUUCAACGGAAACUCCUUUCGCGAACUCUGUUACGAAAACAGUUUAAACCCCCGUGUCUGUAAUUGUGCGACAAUUAAUUGUACACGCUGCACGGUCCACGGUUAUAUAUCCGACUCUCGCUCUAGUUUGAUCAAAUCGGGUGAAGUUUGUUGUACCGCACGCACGGUGUACUUAUUUAAAGCGCGCUCACUCCGUUUUUUCGCGCGUGCAAUGUUUUAUCCAUUUUGACCGUCUCCUGAUUAACGAAUGCAGCAUCUUCUGGAAUGAGAUCUUAGCCUCCUGUAAUCGAUCGAGGUCAGUCUGUUAUCGCGUGCGUUAAAGUAUACACAGCCAGUAACCACCUAUUGACAUCGGGUGAGAAUUGAUGAACAGAAAAUUUGGUGCUUGGAUAAAGGCUUCUGCAAUUUAACGUACCACCCAACAACGCCUGGUAGUGAAAUGGCAGAUGAAUGUAACGAAGUUAAAUCGACUGGACCAUCCUCGCCAAGGAGUCCCCAGAGCAGCACCGGUGGAAAGGCCAGCAGUCCACAUUCACCCAGGCAACCGAGACGUGUGAAGCUAACGCAACAGCAGUUGGACAGCUUGACUAAGGACGAGCUGGCGGUCAAAUGGCAUGAACAGGACUUGUAUGUGGAGUGUCUUGAAGCUCAAGCAGCAGCUCAGGAAGGUGAACUAGCUUCAUUGAGAGAAUCCGAAAACAAAUAUAGACAACAAUAUGUAGAAGCAUCUCACAGGGAGAAGAUAUUAGUGAGGAGACUUGCUUCUAAAGAACAGGAAUUGCAAGAAUACAUUAAUCAAAUAAAUGAAAUGAAAGCCACCCAAGCUCCGUCCGCAGCAGCAUUGAGAUCUGCUUUAUUAGAUCCGGCUGUUAAUAUAUUGAUACAGAAAUUAAGGCAAGAGUUAAUAACAACUAAGAGUAAAUUAGAGGAGACGCAGAAUGAACUAAGCGCUUGGAAAUUUACUCCAGACAGCAAUACAGGGAAAAGAUUAAUGGCAAAAUGUAGACUGUUAUAUCAAGAAAAUGAAGAACUUGGUCGUAUGAUUGCCAGUGGACGUAUUGCCAAGUUAGAAGGUGAACUCGCUCUACAGAAAAAGUUUAGCGAAGAAGUAAAGAAAUCACAAUCAGAAUUAGAUGAAUUUCUGCAGGAUUUGGACGAAGAUGUGGAGGGUAUGCAGAGCACUAUUUACUUCUUACAACAGGAACUACGCAAAGCUCGGGAGUCUGUCACGUUGUUGCAGCAGGAGAACGCGACAUUGAAAGCAAACACAAACGAGAAUAAUAUGUCGAAUGGUUUAUCGCCGCACACACCACCUAUCAAAAAGGAUGAGUCGGAAGAUACCACCUUGUCAGAUACAAAACCACCGAAGCUGGAGGACAGUGGUAUGUGCAAAGGUGUAAGAACUCCACCGUUAGCGUCGCCCACCAGUGAGCUUAUGAGUGCCGAAAGAACAGAACGUGCGGACAGAAAACUUAAUCAGACCGAUCAUAAUGACGAAAGUUCUAGCGACUCCGCGGCGUUAAUAAUUAAGGUCGAGAACGAGGAACUCAGUGACAAAGAGGAUGAGCACGAGGAGAGUCGAAACAAACGAACGUUGAGGAAUAAAAAUCACCGAAAUAGUGGUAAAUCGAACGGAGAGGAGGUGAUUGCGCGAACCACGCGGAAUAGGGACAGGACAAAACGGGAGAAAAGUGCGGCCAGUAGUGAUGAUGAAAGGACGCACAAGAAGAAACGAAGAGAAAGCAUACUUUCUCUCGAUUAUAACGAAGCAGACGACGACGCGUUAGUUUUAACCAACGGCGAGACUCUGCAGAGUGAUCCGGAAUAAAUAGUAUUUUAUUUCCCUUUUCUAUGACACUGAUCACGCGUGAUUGAAACGUUGCGAUACAGUUUUAAUACUCGGCCGUUAUUUGGUAUUGAAUUCUUCGAUCUGAAAAAGUUUCAAAUAUUUGUUCGACAAAUUCGAUUCGAGUAAUGGAAUAUUCAAAUACUGACGAAUAUUCUUUCUCUCAACUAUAGAAUGUUCCAAAUACUCACAAAAGUCCUAAUCGAAAACACAAUGCCGGAUAUCGGUCGUGAAAUAAAUGAACAAUAAACACAAAGAGAUAUAAUUUCAGUACCUGUAUCGGUGAUAAUUUCGAAUGACGAACGAUCGGUAUUUAAAAUGACAAAUACUUUGUAAAUAUUCUCGAUAAUCAUCGCGCGAAUAUAAUGUGAAAUUUAUAUAAUUCAUCUCUAUCUGUGACGUUACUUGCUUCGAUCAAGUUACGUAAAUUGCAGAAAUUAUAUCAGACAAAAAUGUGAGUAGAUUUUUAGUUCUGCAUUAUAUACAUACAUAUAUAUAUAUGUAUAAAAUAGUCAAACGCUAAGAACUGUUGUAAAAAAGAUCAGAACAUACUGAAGUAUUUCAUUUAUAUAUACAUAUAUAUAUAUAUAUGUAAAUCGUCAAGAGUUUUUGUUGAGUAAACUGAACAAUCAGAAAGAAAGAGUAUUGUCAAGAAUUAAUCACAAAUACCUGUGUAAUCGCAUAUGUAAAUAAAUAAAUAAAUCUUAAUAUCUGCGGAUGUGCGUUUGUGCGUGCAGGUACGCACGCAUCUGACGUGUAUAUGCGUGCGCAUAUACACGAAGGCGCAUCACAUCUAGACUUUUUUCGCGCGACUAAAUACGUAACAAUUCAACAGUGUUGUACAUAUGUAUGUAUUUCUACAUUAGUGUAAGAAACAUAUUUCACGCGCGCGCGACGUGUUUUAUUUCUUCCUUUUAUCGAAUAUCUAGACAAAAUAAGAAUGAUUUCGAACAUACACACAAGUCGAUAUUUAUAGUCUGAUCUUAUAUCUAAGAUAUCUUAUCUUACCGCGAUGGUGCCGCUUUGUUGGCUAUAGAGCAACUAUUGAAAAAAGAAGAUUCGACUGUGAAUAUCGACCGUUUUAUUAUAUAAAAUAAAACAAAUUGUUUUGUAGACUGAUUUCUCAUAAAAAAAAUUCUGAUGCAUAACUUCGUUCUUGUGUGAAAUUUUCCUAAACUAGAAAAAAACGGUUUUUUGCGUUUUCGGCGCGUGUUUGUGCUGAUGAGAAGAAAUAUACGUAAAAUACAUUUGAAAUGUUGCAAAUAGCGCGCAAUAUAUUCCCAAGUUAAUUGCUUAUUUGUCGGAUAUUCUUAGGAAAAUAUCGUGAUACUAAUCUCUCAAUAAUUUGUGAACUAUAUAAAAACAAAUAAUUGAAAACAAUUCUUACGCACGUUUUCGAAACAAGGUAUAUAUGAGUGUUCUCUCCAAAAAUUUAAAUAAUUCGAACAAAACACAUUCUUGCAUUUUUUGAUAACAGCUCGACGAAAUUCAAAUGUACACAUAUACUAUGUCUAUUCUUUUAUGUAAUGUAGUGUGUGUCCAGAAAAAAAAAAAAAAAAAAUUAGUUUACAUUUUUACCGUUACAGAUGUAUCGACACAGAGUUGUAAAUUGCUGAUCUUUGCCGAGGACAAGCAGUUAUUAAAGAAACUUAUUCAACAUAAAAAAGUACGUUAUUGGCUACUUCCUUUCUAUUUUACUUUUUAUCUUGCGCCUAAUCAAGUUUAUUAACUUUUGUA